AGGAAUAUGUCAAAGGCCUUUGCGAACCGGAAAUGGAAGAGAAGGAAAGGUAUCCAAAUGAAAUGCACUGCAUUUUUGCCGGUGCCCGGGGCUUGUUUCUCAAUCGUCUCAUUCAAGAUACUUACGCCAGCAUCUCUGUACUUGAGAUCGGUGUCCUUAGUAUUAAAGGAGGCAUGGAGCCAGUGGUGAUGGCUCAGAGCCACAUACAGCAGUUUGUCCGACUUUUUAAGAAUAAUGAAAGUUUGCACCAUGACAAGGAGCCAGAUGUUAAGAGAAAGUUUAAGGAUUUUGUUGAAGCCCAUGCAGAUAAAUACACUGUUGAUCUGUUACUUCUGCCCAGUGCACUGAAGGAGGAACUGUUACAUCUGACAAUGGAUGACUCAUGUGGCAAGGACGAUCAUCUUUUAAACUGUGACCUGAUAAUUUCUAAAACAAAGUGUGAAAGUGAGCAGGACACAUGUAGAGAGCAAGCAGGGACUCUCAUCACAGAGCUGACUAGUCAGCUGGAUUCAGUCUUUUCAAGUGUUUCGGAAACUAAACCAGGAACCGUAAAUGGGACAUCUUCUCCUGAAGAACGUCUGUCUGUUAAAAGGCGUUGUUCUGAAAACGAAGAGCGGUGUUCAAAGAAACCCUUCUCGUUGGAAGCUAUACAAGUCGAUGGACCAGUCGUCAGAACCACUGAACCUAUUCCAGUAAUUGAUUUGAUUUCUGAACCUUCUGACUUGGAAGACUCUGUGAUACUUGUGGAUGGUGAAGACAACGUCAGCACAGAAACAGAAUAUAAAAUCCUUGUGAACUUUUUUAAAACCAUGGGUUAUUCUGAGGAGGUAGUUAAAAAAGUAAUUGGGGAUCUUGGACAGUCAGAGGAGCCUUUGAAACUCCUAGAAGAAAUAGAGAAGGAAACAAACAAAGUGCCUGAUUUGACUAAAAAUUCUGCAAACAGAUCCAACUCGUGUCCAGUAAUAUCUAAAGAAUGUUUGGCUGUGUCAGCUAUUGGCACCCCCAUAGCAGAAUCCCACCCAAGCCAAGAGGUCACCAUUGAUGGUGAAUUGAGCAAUAGCUUUUCAAAUGGAAAUAUAAUUUCAAAGCCUUAUACUAGGGUAAAUAAUGCACCGUAUUGUGCAAUUGCUUCUCGAAAGCCACGGUUGGAGGUAGAAAGGACAACGCUGAAAACUUUUGAUUUUGUUGCAAGGGGCACAUCUAGUCCUCCACGUAUACAGACUGCUGACAGGGCAGGAACAUCCAAUAUGCCUCCUGUCAAAUCGACCAAUAAGCUUCCGUAUGACCCUGUGCCCACUACAAAGGUAGUGACAGCUGCCCCUAUCGAGAGACCUUAUAGACAUCCGAAUGAUCCACCUGUUACCGGAGUCCAGAUAUUUCUUAAUGCCAUUAAAGUUCCAUAUCGACUAGAACUGAUUAAUGAGCCAGGAAGGAAAGAUCUAAAACACAUCAUUAUCGAUGGAAGCAAUGUGGCCAUGAGGUUUGUAAACUUACACGUCUAAAUGUCUAUUGCACUCAGUCCUUUUCAGCGUGGGGAGACUUUCAGUUUAUUAUGUUAACAAUUCACCCCAGGUCUGCUGCCCCUCCUCCUCCCCAUAUAUGGGUAGAGCCUCCAAUGGUUUUUAGGUCAUAUACAGUGGUGGUGUCUGCCAGGCUCUGGGGGAGGGGGGUUGCUAGCAGGGCACUGGCACACCCAUUGUACGGAGUCACACCAUUUUUGACUAGUGUGAUUUCUUACCUGGAGUCCGGCAGACACCAGUGCUUGGAGUUUUCUUUUAUAAAGAAAUUACAUUCACCAGGAAUAUCCAGUACAAGAACUCCUUUCUAUUGGCCAUCUGCAGCAAACUAAAUGUACUGAAACCUUGGUUUUUAUUUUUGGAGGCUAUCUAUGUACAUAUCCACCCACACAUUUCAUUGUUAAUGGGACAAAUACAGUGACCUUAAAUAACUCCCGUGUGAGUUCUGAUGUGAAAUGAUAACGAUAUCCUGUAUCGAUGGGAUUCCAGACCUUCUGCCAGUUAUUGCAGUUUAUCCCGCAAUCUGUCCUGGGGUCACUUGCCUCCUUAUCAUUCAGACUGUUUGGAUUCCCUCCUGUGCUAUGUGUUUAGUAACGGGUGUUUAUGGAGCGGUACUCUCCCCCCUUGUUCUCAUUUUGGGCAUUGUAUUAUGCAUGUCGCCUGCUGUCUUGGUUUUAAAUGUGGGGUUACAUAUUUACCUUUGCUUUCUUGUAUUAUGAAGAUAACAUUAACCCAGUAAUUAACCCAGUAAUUCCAUAAUUCAUGCUCUGCACUCUCUAUAUUCCACAAUUCAGCUCGGGGGGGGAUGUAUAAUAAAUAUAUAUGUAUUUUAUUUAUAUAUAUAUAUAUAUAUAUAUAUAAUUUUCUGAAAAGUGGGAGCAAAGUUCUGGAAGUGGGCAGUGUAAAUGGCUAGCUUAUUCCCUUUCUCCCCCACAGUGUUGCAACAUUGGUAAGUGGAAUAAAUCGGCUCACUCUACUUAUUCCUACCUGGCUGCUUUGAGUCCCCAUGGUGCCAGCCUGCCUGAUGGGUGACUUCUAGGAGCAAUGAAUUACUAAUGCCUCUUUUAUUUCUCGUUCAGUUUUGUUUUAUUGUAAUGCUUUCUUGUUGUGCUUUGAUUCAUUUUAAUUCCUUUUUGUUUGUAGUCAUGGUUUGAAAAGAUUCUUUUCUUGCCGGGGUAUUGCAAUUGCUGUGGAGUAUUUUUGGAAGAAGGGCCAUCGGAACAUUACAGUAUUUGUACCCCAGUGGCGAACCAAGCGUGAUCCAAAUAUAACUGGUAAUGACUGGCUAAUUGCAGCUGUCCAGGACUUGACUUUAUUCUCUGCUUUCAUUAAUGGGCUGUGUAUAAAGCCAGUCUGGGCUCCGUCAUGGUGGUACUAGACGCCAUAACUUUUUAUCUAGUUAUGUUAGCUGUAUUUUAGGCCAUACUGAGUGGCAUGCCCCUUGUAACCUUCAGCUGGAUAGAGCGUCCUGUAUCCUGCGAGCUUUGCUUUUAACAUAAUUUAUUAAAACCAAAAAUAAGAUUACCCUGAUCCCCUUUUUAUAGAAGAUAAAAUCUUCUGUUCGUUUUGUUUAGGAUAUCUGUGAGCAAAGUGUAGUCCAGUUUAUUUGAUGUGAACACUCAUUAUGUGCCGUCUUUUCACACUUGUACUGUUGUUGGGGGCACUUCUUGGCCCUCCUCUUAUUUUCAUGUACGAAUUUGUGAGCUGAUCCAGCCACGGUCAGCAAACAUUCAUGGUGUCUCUGCAUCUCUCUGGGAGCAAGUCACUUAGACACUGCAUAAGCUGCUAUUAUACAUAGAUCUGCUUUAAAAUAGAUUUUUAGUGACAAGCUGUAUAUUAACAUUUAGAAUUGGGUUACCAGCCCACCAUUAAAUCCUGCAUCUAAGUUCUAAGUUAAAGAUGAAUCCAUUGAUGGUGUCAGUUGGUUCUAGUGAAAGCCAGGCUUGGAUGCUCAAGGAUUCUAUACAAUCAUAUGUGCCAUUUUCACUUCUAAUUAUUUGAUUUUCUUCAAAUAGAGCAGCACUUUCUGCAGCAGCUGCAGGAGCUGGGAAUUCUAUCAUUCACGCCAUCCAGGACCGUCCUGGGCUCUCGGAUAGCCUCACACGAUGACAGGUCAGGAAACCCUUAAUAUCACAUGAGUGCUAGCUCUUCACCACACAGCCACAAUGUCUUCCAAAUGACAAGUGUUUUCCGAGAGAUCUAUUUUUUUUUUUUUUUGCUUGAAAGAUAGGUGUGUGACUGGCCAGUUUUGUCUGACUGACUGCCUGGGAGCAUAGCCUUACAAUUCGUUAUAAUGUGCUACUGUGUCUUGCAGGUUUUUGUUGCACCUUGCGGAGAGGACACGAGGCAUCAUUGUGACCAAUGAUAACUUCCGGGAGUUUGUGGCUGAAUCGCCUGUCUGGAGAGAGAUAAUUAAAGAGCGGUACGUCUGCAUUGCUCCGGAGUCAUCAUCACAGCAAUCUUCUGACUCUUGACUGCACCUCAGUGGGAAUUCGCCAUGUUUUAUAGUCUCUUGACGCGAUCCUUUGCCUGUGGUAGACAAUGAGGUGUCAGGCAGUCUUUAGCCUCCCAUAUCUUUCCAUUUGAGAAUUGUUGAGUUUGUUUGUUGGUGUUAUAUGUGUGUGCAGUCAUUGUGCAUUGUUAAAAGCAAUGCUAUGCAAACUGUGGUCACUAGGGGGCAUCCCCUUCAUGUAAAAUACAAGCGGUAUGCACUUCAAUGGAGUAACCCUGGGCCAGGCUUUGAGGAGUGUGUAUCAUCUGGCUCGACCGUUUUGUUAUAGGUUGGUAGUUAUUAUACAUAAUGGUGCUAACUGGUGUUUUCUUGUCCCCAGAUUACUGCAGUACACGUUUGUUGGUGAUCUCUUCAUGGUUCCAGAUGAUCCUUUGGGACGAUAUGGGCCUAAACUGGAUGACUUUCUUUGCAGCCUUCCUGAUAAUCGGUAAUGAUGUGGCUCUGUGUGGUGAGGUUCGCUGUAAGGAGUCAGUGGCAAUAAAUCUUAUCUAAAGGUUUUCUGGGAGCAGAUCCGGAGCAAAAACAUGAAUAGUGAGAAGCUGAAAGUGAGGCAGCAUGUCUGACACUUGGGGUGCCCCGCAGCCCUGCUCAGUUCUUUAUGUACCCUGUGUGGAUGGUGAAGCACAUUGUUUCUCCUGGCUGUAAAUGAGUUUCCAAAGUCACUGUAUGUUCUGAUUGACAGAUGUUGUGUUAAAAUGCCUGUACUGUGUGUGCUGGUUAUGAAUUAUCUGACCUUACACUUACAGGCUGAGACCAAGGUUUAAUCGUUAGAAAGCACAGCUGUCUAACCUACUCACCCUGUGACCUGAAGAAUGAAAUCUCUGCUGGACUCUCACCGUGCUAGAUCUGCAAGAUCUCAACUGUGAUGGGGGAGGGGGUCGUAAAAUAAAUAUUAAUGAAGUUACUGUUGUGUUACCGAUGGCUUAAUUUGAUACACCUUCAUAUAGUUUUGCAUGAACUGAUCUUGAUACCAUCUUACCUGGACUCGUACUGUGCGCCUGACGGCUCUAGAACUUUUUCUAGCCUCUGUCAAUGUCUCUUGGGAUUCUUUGAGGGAGUUUUCUAUUGGUUUAUUUUGCUGGUUCCUUCCUCACCCAGCUGAAUCAGAGCACAAUCAAUAAAUUGCAUUUCUUUCACAAGGAUGUGUCCUGCUGCCAAUCUGCUAUGUGUUUGUGUAUACACACUCCUCAUUACUGCUUUGCAGCGUCUUUUCAAGGUCUGUUUUCAAAUUAAAAGCAAGACUCAUGUCUCCUGUUAAUGCUUAUAAAAAUUCCUCUCCUACUUUGAGAACGUUAUUGUGUGUGUAGGUGACUAUGGAGGGAUAGGUACAUAUAUGAUGCACCUAGUUUCUGUUUUGUGUACUUGGUAAGAAUUGGAUGUGUUGCAGAUUGACGGAUGGCCGAUGGUGUGUUCAUUUGCAGUAUACCAGCUGAAUCUCCUGUCAUGAGCGUAUGCUCUGAUUGCCUACUAACAAUCCUGGUAUACAAUGAAUCGAUCCCAUCCUGGCUCGGCUUCCAUGGCUUAUAGUUGAUCUGUAGAUGUGCAAUAUGUUGGAUAUAGCCCACUGAGUCAACAUGUGUUUAUAUGUCUUUUCCAGUGUACCAGUCCCUAGCGGUAAUCCAUUCAAGAGAGGAGUGAAUCUUCCGAAUGCCAUCUGUGCCCAGCCGAAACCCACAGUAUCACAUGUCUGUGAGCCCCAGCGCUUUCAUUUAGGGGAAGAGACCCCAGCUGUCAGUCCAGCACUACAAAACCCAUCACGGCCGCCUCCUGUCACUCCCCCCCAGAGAAGUGUCCACGAAACCUCUCAACUAAAAGAUUCACUUUUAAAGAUUUUUCCUGAAUCUCAGCAGCAUCAGAAGAUUAAUCAGAUACUGUCUGCACAUCCCUAUAUGAGAGAUCUGAAUGCCUUGUCUGCUAUGGUGCUGGAUUGAAAAGAUUCACUUCUACCUGACAUUGUUUAACAACAAAACAGACAUUUUGGUUAAGAUUGUGUGUGUAUACAGUUGCUUAGCCCAUAUCUUUGUAUUAAUAGAAACUACAGGAGGUUUUAUGAAAAUGUUUUUUGUUUUUCUGGGUUAUAAAAUUCCUUAAAGGGAUAUGUAAUUUUGUAACCUGUUUAUAGGGACUGUUUGUGUAAAUAUUGUUUAACUAUUUAAGUUUUGUUGUAAAAAAAACAAAAAAAAACACACUUCUGUGUGAGAUUAUACAGAAUGUACAUGAAAAAUAGCAAAUGCUAAAUGUAUCCUCUAUGGGUAAAACAUUUUAUAUUCGAGCUGGGAUCAAAGCAGUAGCCAAUCUUACAGUGGAACUGUCUUGAUAUAUUGCAGUUUAACAUGCUGUGGAUUCCGGAGCUGUAAUGUCUGGAUCCCUUUAGUGGGAGAGAAGAAACCUCAGUAUCUUUUACACUGAAGUUUAGUGAACCUCACAGCUUUAAAAAGCGGUGUAUACAAUUAGAACAUCAAAAGUAAAUUUUGAUGGGGAUUUUUUUUUUUUUUAAAUGUUAAAUAAUUGCUGGUUCAGUCUGUUGAGUACAGAUUGUUUAAUAUUCUCCUGCUGGUCCCUGACAAUGGCUGUCUGCUAAUUACACAUUAGAUGGAAAGCACGAGGCACAGAAUAUCCUGUAUCCUUUCAAUAUAGGUUUUAAACACCACCGCAGAUGCUGGAGACUGCGUGCCCCUUGCACAUGGUGAUUGGGGUAGGGGAACUUUGUAACAUUGGAUUUAGUCACCGAGAGUUAGGACAUGAAAACAAAAGGCUCCUUAUCUAUCCUAGCUAAACUCUUGACCCAACAAAACAUAUUAAACUCCCACAACCAGAAAAACACAUUUCUAAAUCGGUACUGGCUGUGUUUGGUGCUUGGAAAGGAAUCUGCACUUUCUAGAUGAGAAUCUUCUCCAACAAGAAUGAUUGACUUUGUGCUAAAUUUAACAGAAAGUGAUUGGAAUGGGGUGUAGCUGGAGGUAUUUACUGCAACACCAUUUUAUAUGGGUUUAAAAUAGAGCGGGAGCUUUGGCUGCUAACCCACUAGUUCGACGCUGUUGUCAUUUGUCAAUGUUUGUGGAAGGGCAAAUUUUAAUUUAACGUGUUGUAUGAUGUACGAAUCGUAUUGCUUAGGCAGUAAGCAUUUUAUUUUUACAGGUAUAAAUAUGGUAAAAUAGAUGUUUGUAUGUUAAAGGCCGUUACGUCGCAACAUGCAAAGCUUCUAGCAUUUAGUGUGAGUGUGCCUUCCUGUGCCAAACCUGUUUGAUGUACAUUUGCUGUAACCACCAGAAGAUACCGGUUUAAUCAGAGAUGGAAUUAUUGCAUGGGGGACGGGGUGGAGGGGACUUGUAGUGAGUUACAUUUCUAGAGUAUCUCCACAUUGAUGGCAAAUUAAUCGUCAAACAUAGCUCUGAUAUCCGUACGUGGGAUAGGUGUUUAUCGAAGUCAAUAGCUGGAGAGUUAGGUUUUCUUUGGUGAUUGUUUGAGAUACAAUUAUUACCGGAUUUUCUAGAGAAGAAAUACAUAACCCUGCUUAGAUGUAGCUCAUUUCGCAAAUGUGCAAAGUUUAGAGGUUUAUUCAUUAAAUAAUGAAUUCUGAUCAGUUGACUACGGCCGUGCAAACCUAAGUUCAAGCAGAGACGUUUUGUUCAAUCAUUAACACAGACAGAUUAUCUAUUUUCCCCCAAUCUCUCCUAUUUUGCAUUGCGUCGUAAACCCAUAGCACUGUUCGUUAAUAUGAUAAAAGCUCUGGGAUCUACAUGUGGACAUGUAGUAUAAAGCCUGAGCGUGCAAGUGUGGAAAAGGUCAACAAUGCUAAUAGCAUUAGUAGUUCUCCUUAUAAUUGGAUUGUUACCAGCAUGUGACUACCAAAGGAGGCACAGCGUUUACACCAAAAUACCAUAGUUUGGCUACUUUGGCCCAGAGUUUGAAUUUCCUGCAUUAGUGAAAACUUUCGCCGUUGACGUUUCUUUUUCUUUAAAAGUGUGAAGGAAAGACUGAUACCACGGGGUUUGAACACUGUGCACGGCAUGACGUACGCUGUCUUUAAAUAAACCGCUCGUCAUGCGCAAUGGAUUUACCAGGAUCCCACCAGAAUUUAUUUUGUGUUAUCUGACUGGAUAUGUUUCUAAUGUUUGAGAGGUAAAAGUAUAAAUGUUUAUUUUGAAUAAAAAGUCAACCAAAA